AUGAAGGUUCCUACCAUAGAUUUUUGCAAGCCAGAGCUAAAACCAGGUACUAUACAAUGGGAUUCCACAAAAUCUCAAGUUUUUCAAGCCUUGCAAGAGUAUGGUUGCUUUGAAGCAACAUAUGAUAAGCUUAGAAAUGAAACUUUAGAAGCCAUGUUUGGUAGAUCAAAAGAGAUCUUUGAAUUUCCAUUGGAGACCAAAAUGAAAAAUUUGUCAAAGAAAUUGCCAUUUAAUGGCUACAUAGGGAAGCUUCCAACACUACCAUUGUAUGAGAGUGUAUGCAUUGAUGACUUGCUUCAACUUGAAAUUGUUGAAACUUUUGCUAAUAUCUUUUGGCCUGAGGGAAAUCCUUAG